AUGGCCUCGUCCCCGCCCCCGUCCUCGUCCUCGCCCGCCGACCAGCCCGCCGCGACGUUCCUCGACUACCGCGCCCGCACCGACACAGCAGCAGCCCCGGCCAGCCCCUCGCCCGCCCGCAGCCCCGGCUUGCAGGAGGAGAUGCACGCCCCGACCAACGGCGCCCCCAAGAUCACCCGCUCAGCACCCACGGGCUCGCCGCUGUCCGCCCAGGAGCCCAGCGAGUUCCCCUUCCACACGCCCGUCACGUCGAGGCCAUCGACCACGCUGCCCCCGCGCCCCCCGCGCCCCCCGCGCCCCCCGCGCCCCCGCGCCCCCCGCGCCCCCAGCGCCCCCAAGCCCUCGUCCCACGCCUCCCAUGCCUCGACCAGCUCCUACUACCCGCCCUUUGCCCCCGUCUCGAGGAUCCCCACCGCCGACGGCGAGCCCGUCGACGCAAGCGCCCCCAAGGAGCGAAAGAGCGUCCAGUUUGCCCGCCCCGCCACCUACGGCCCAGACAUGGCCGCGCCAAGCUCCCGCCAACAGUCGUGGGAGGCCGACGACGCAAAGCCAAAGCCCAGGAACAGAGACGACUCGACGCUCAUGGGCAAGCUGAGGGCCCUGGCCGCCCCCAUGCAGAGCCACGGAAGAAGCCACAGCGCGAACCCAGUGGGAACCGCUUCGCCCCACGCCCAGUCCCCCCAUGGCCCCUUGUCGCCAGCCAACGAGCGCGACGAGUUCCGCUUCGACGGCAACCACGACAGCGAAGCCGACGCCGACGCCGACGCCGAGUCCAGUGCCGGCGAGGCCGCCUCGAAGCCCACGCAGAAGCGCAAGAGGAGCCGCCGAUGGUUCGACGGAGAGGCUGCCGCCGCCGCCGCCGCUGGCACCGGCAUCCAGACCGCCCCCACCACCCCCAAGCAGACCAGCUACUUCUCGCGAGACUCGCCCACCGCCACCCCCACCUCCUCCACCCGCCCCACCUUCCUGCGGAGAGGCACCAUGAGCGAGAUCCCCGAGAACGAGCGCCAGGGCUACUCCGAAGACGAGGGCCGCUCGCGCAUGGGGAACAAGGAGAGCGCCUGGUCACGAGGCCUGCACAGCGCGCGAGGCCUCUCCUACGGCGGACUGCGCCGACACGAUCCAAACGCAGACGAGGCCGACCCCACCACCACCGACCGCCGCCCAGCAUGGCGCAUGCGCAGCGAGCGCACCUCGAGUCUCAGCGCCCAGAAGUGGAAGUCCAUCAAGAACAGUCUGAAGCUGCUCGGCAACCGGGCAAAGGCAGAACGCCAAGUCGACCAUGCAAAGUCGGCCGAGUUGAUGGCCGAGCUGCUCGCCGGUGCCCCCGCCGCCCUCUUCCUGGCCAGCAUGUUCCAGCGCGACGAGCACGGCCACAAGCGCAUCCCCGUCCUGCUGGAGCAGCUCAAGGUCACCAUCACCGAUGCCGACAAGUCGAGAGACAAGGACGGCGACCGCCACACCCCUCUGCGCAUCGAGCUCGAGUACGGCAGUGGCCUGACGCGAAUGAAGUGGGUCGUCUACCGGACCGUCGCUGACUUCGCCAACCUGCAUCUCAAGUUCAAGGUCCAGGAGAAGCACGACUCCUUCCGCAGCCGCGUCUCCACCACCGACAAGGACGACCCCCGAGGCAAGCUGCCUCGAUUCCCCCGAAGCGUCGUGCCCUACCUCCGAGGCAUCAGAGGCUACGGGGCUUUGGAUGACGAAGGGGACGACGACGACGAGGCCGCUGCUGCUGGCGGGGCAGCUACCGACGGCGAUGCAAGCGCCACCGAUCGUCCCUCGAGGGCCAAGAGACGCAAAUCCUCCUUUGCCCUCCACCGGAGCAAGUCAAGCAUAGGGAGCCCAGAUCCAACCACGGGUGCUAUCGCUCAGCUUGCGGCACGACAGGGCAGCUUCGCCGGUGCCGUCGGCCAGCCCCUGAACUCGAAACAGAACCACCACGAGCGACAACGGAAGAAGCUCGAAGCAUACGUCAGGGGCUUGAUCCAGUUUCUGAUCUUCCGUCCGGAUAGCAACCGGCUGUGCAAGUUCCUCGAGCUCUCUGCCCUCGGUGUGCGCUUAGCGGCCGAGGGCGGCUACCACGGGAAGGAAGGUCACAUGAUGAUCAAGUCAUCCAAGGGUAUCGAUGCGCGGAAGAGGUGGGCGCCCAUGCCCAUGAUGACUCGACACUGGCCCAAGUGGUUCCUCGUCCGGCACAGCUACAUUGUUUGCGUCGACUCUCCAGAAGAAAUGAACGUGUACGACGUCUUCCUGGUCGACUCCAACUUCAAUCUCGAGUCAAAGUCCUCGGGUAAGCUCAAGGACAAGAAAGCACGACAGGUUGCGAGCGAAGCCAAAGCAUCGGCGACGGGCCAUCAUCAGCUGAAGCUCGUCAACUCGGAGCGCAAGAUGAAGCUCCUCGCGAGGAACGACAAGAUGCUCCAGCAAUUCGAGGAGUCCAUCACGUUCAUGAUGAGCAACACACCAUGGUCGAAGCGCCAGCGAUUCGACAGCUUUGCUCCCGUGCGAAGGAAGAUCUACGCCCAAUGGCUCGUCGACGGCCGAGACUACAUGUGGAACGUCUCUCGCGCCAUCAGCAUGGCUCGCGACGUCAUCUACAUUCACGACUGGUGGCUCAGCCCCGAGCUGUACUUGCGUCGUCCAGCUGCCAUCAGUCAGAAGUGGAGGCUGGACCGCCUGCUCCAGCGCAAGGCUCAAGAAGGUGUCAAGAUCUUUGUCAUCAUGUACCGCAACAUCGGAGCCGCCAUCCCCAUCGACUCGGAAUACUCAAAGUUCUCGCUGCUCGAUCUUCACCCCAACGUGUUCGUGCAGCGAUCGCCCAACCAGAUCCGUCAGAACACCUUCUUCUGGUCCCACCACGAGAAGAUUUGCGUCGUGGACCACACGAUAGCCUUCUGCGGCGGUGUCGACUUGUGCUUCGGCCGCUGGGAUACACCACAGCACGUCGUAGUAGACGACAAGCUGACAGGCUUCGAGCUGGACAGCAAUGCCCCCAAGGAUGCGGACCACUGCCAGCUAUGGCCCGGAAAAGACUACUCCAACCCUCGCGUCCAGGACUUCUUCAACCUCGACAAGCCUUACGAGGAAAUGUACGACCGCAGCAAGGUCCCGAGGAUGCCGUGGCACGACAUCGGUAUGCAGAUUGUCGGCCAGCCAGCUCGUGAUCUCACUCGCCAUUUCGUUCAGCGAUGGAACUACCUGCUCCGCCAACGCAAGCCAUCUCGACCUACGCCGUUCCUCCUUCCCCCACCAGACUUCAAUCCUGCCGACAUUGAAGCCCUCGGGCUCGAAGGCACGUGUGAAGUCCAGAUUCUACGCUCUGCGUGCGCUUGGUCGCUCGGUACUCCGAACAAGGUCGAGCACAGCAUCAUGAACGCCUACGUCCAGAUGAUCGCGACGUCAGAACACUUUGUGUACAUUGAGAACCAGUUUUACAUCAGCAGCAGCGAUGUCUUGGGCACCAAGAUCGAGAACAAGAUCAACGAUGCUAUCGUUGACCGCAUCAAGCGCGCACACGCAAACGACGAGGAUUGGCGCGCGUGCAUCAUCCUCCCGCUGAUGCCGGGAUAUCAGAACACUGUCGACGAGCAAGACGGCAGCAGUGUCCGUCUCAUCAUGACGUGCCAAUACCACAGCAUCUGCCGUGGAGAGACGUCCAUCUUUGGCCGCCUUCGAGCUGCCAACAUCGAACCAGAGGACUACAUCCAGUUCUACGCUUUGAGGUCGUGGGGUGAGAUUGGAGCCAACAAGAUGCUCGUCACAGAGCAACUGUACAUCCACGCCAAGAUCAUGGUGGUCGACGACCGCGUUGCCAUCAUCGGGUCUGCCAACAUCAACGAACGAUCCAUGCUGGGCUCUCGCGACUCCGAGGUCGCUGCCAUCGUGCGAGAUACUGAAGUGCUCGACUCGUACAUGGCAGGCCAACCCUACAAGGUCGGCAAGUUCCCUCACACUCUGCGCAUGCGCUUGAUGCGCGAACAUCUGGGAGUCGACGUCGACCACAUCUCCGAGGAGGAGUGGGCUAGUCAGAUGUCGGACGCCGAUAGCACCGCUUUCCAGACCGAGUCCUCCUCUCCCUCUUCCCCGACCGCUGAUCGUGCUACCGAGCAGAAGCUUUCGGAGAACCACGCUCGCGCGCAGGAAGAGCUGCUCGAACGCGCUGAGAUGCUGCACAGCUUCAACCACGACUUCGAUUGGGCACAGGACAGGAACCCUCAUCUCCAAAGCAACAAGAAGCCGUCCUCUGAUUCUCGCGUGACACGCAAUGAGACACACGAAAAGGAUGUUCGUGGAGAGGGCGUGGAUCACAUGCGCGACUUGAACAUUCGUGAGCCGAGCCUCACUCGCGGUCGCGACACCUUCCUUGACCCUCACGGGCAUGAAAAGCUGCUUUCCGACGUGGCUCCCGAGGGCCUUGCCGUCAAGGACGCGCCGAAGCGAAACUCAACCAUAAAAAGUCGAGGUCGUAGCAACACCACAGGCACAAAAGCUAGCGCAAGCAGCUGCGGUCCGACCGAAGGCUAUGCCGGCCUCCCGCCACCCAGGCUGCCUCGUAUGGACACGCAAAAGCUGGGCCUGACGCAGCUCAGUCAACUCCCUGCCCUGCCCGUGAUGGACGAUACAGACAUUGGCGGCCCGCCGCUACAGCGCACGUUUAGCGGCGCUUCCUCAAACGUCAUCAACCCUCUUCUUGCAGAAAUGAGACGGCCCAUCGUAACAGAAGACUGUAUGCGCGACCCAAUCAACGACUCUUUCUUCCUCGACACCUGGCACCAAGUCGCCGAGAACAACACCAAACUUUUUCGCCAAGUGUUCCGCUGCCAGCCUGACAACGAGGUGAAGACAUGGAAGGAAUACCAAGAGUACACUGCCUUCGCCGCCCGCUUCUCACAGAUGCAAGGUGGUGGGAAGUCGCAGAACCAACGCACCCAAGACGCGCCCGGUAAAACUGGCCCACCCGGCACCGGCAUGACCGAGAAAAUCGGGCUCGCGGCCGGCAACGUAGGCAAGCAAGUCGGCGCUCUGGGCGAGAAGUUCUCAGAAAAGGUCGCCAACAAUUCCGACAACGCCUCGCCCAGCAAGACGGGCGCUGUCGAGCAGUGGGCACACGAGCAGGAGAAGCGUGUAAAGGAGGGGCUCAAGCUUGAUACAAACAACAACAACAACAACAUCGGCGAGCAGUUCAACGAAAAGCACCCGCACUCAGCAAGGCCGGCGGACGACUCGAUCGUAUCUCCCAUGAACGCAUCUCUCCCCGACCGAACCUACACUUUCCCCGCCGCCCCACCCGUCCCAGAAAACGACCCCUACCACCCCUCCAACCACAACGACGCACCACGCGCCCGCAACGUAACCAUCAGCGAACCCACCAAGCAGUCCAAUGGCCCGAACUUCUCCCACCGCAACACCAUGGGCUCCAAGCGCAGCCGCCGCCGCGCCACCACCAAAUCCUCCUCCCGCGCCUUCCACGCCACCGACGCAGACAGCAUGCUCGGCAAGGAAGACGCAAAGACGCUCAUGGACCUCGUGCAGGGCCACCUGGUGCUCUGGCCGUACGACUGGCUCGAGACGGAGGAAAAGGGCGGUGGCUGGUUGUACAAUGUCGAUCAGAUAGCACCGUUGGAGAUUUACAACUAA